UAAUUUUUCCCUCUGAUAAACCCUAGAAAAGAAUGGGUUUCUAAAGCCCCACAGAAACAUAAUUUAGUUUUUGGGUCUUGAGUAUCUUUAAAUUAGGGGAUUUUGAUGGCAGAAUUGAAUAAAACCCUAAAUUUAUUUUGAUGAGUAAAAUAAGACAUUGUCUUGGAAUUUCAGUCUCAAAUUGUUGCAUCAGCAGUGUAUUAUUCUGCAGCAAAUACUUCUCGACCAGACGAGUCUCUUCAUUUACUAAGAUAUCAAAUCAUACAAGCAAGGUAUCAUAUAAGAAGUAUAUCAAAUCCAUCCCACUUAGAUUUGGUGGAAUUUAUCCAUUCUUUUCGGUUUAUCCAUUCUUUCCGGUAAUAAGCAUUUCUAUAGGCAAUUAUCAGUAUCUUUCAACUCAGACAUCUCCUGGGGAACAUGCACUAACAGAGGAGGACCUGAAUCGAGUUCUUUCUGAGAUAGAAAAGAAUCCAAUUUUGGGUAAGGAAACCUGCCAUUGUUACAUUGAGAAGCUAUCCAAAUCCAGCAAUCUAUUGGAUGCUGUUAGAUUACUGCAAACUUUACGUGAUAAACAAGUCUUUCUGUUCCCAAAAACUUAUAACAUCCUCCUUAUAGCAGUUGGUGAAGGAAAUCAUUUUGAACUUUUGUCUCAGAUAUUUAAGGAUCUUUUGAUUUCCUCUAACUUUCUACUUGGUCAAGAUUCAUAUUCAAAUCUUGCCAAGUCCUUUCUGAAAUCAACAGAUAUUGUUCAUAUACUAAAACUUGUUAAAGAAGUAUCUGAACUGACAUUUCAAGGAAGUGCUAGGGUUAUGAACAGGAUUAUUUCUAGCUUUGACAAAUCUGGGCAGAUUGAUACAGCAUUGCUAAUAUUUGAUCAUAUGAAGGAUUUGAAAUGUAAACCAGAUACUAUCACAUUCAAUACAGUUUUAGCAAUAUUGGGCCGUGCUGGUCAUGUCGAUGAAUUGCUACAUCAGUUUGCUUCAAUGAAGGAAACCAACAUGGUGCCAGACAUAGUCUCUUACAACACAUUAAUCACCAGUUUGCGAAAACUGGGAAGGAUGGAUCUGUGCUUAGUUUUCCUGCAAGAAAUGUGUGAAAGAGGACUUAAGCCAGAUCUCCGUACUUAUACUGCUUUAAUUGAAGGGUUUGGGCGGCUAGGGCAUACUGAGGAAGCACUGAGACUCUUGGGAGACAUGAAAACAAGAGGUGUACGUCCUUCUAUAUACAUUUACAGAGGAUUGAUUAGCAAUCUGAAAAAGAUUGGAAAGUUUGAGCUGGCUAUAAAUUUAGAAGCUGAAAUGAACUCUUCUUUUUCAGACCUGAUAGGCCCUAAAGAUUUUAAAAGGAGCUACAGGUAGGUCUACUUUCCGGCUUUCAGUUUUGAGCAACCAUAGCUGGUGGUUCGAAGUCUUAAAUGUAGGAUCCUUGGUUUUGGUUUCUCCUUCAAUAAAGCUGUUUUGGAUAUAUGCUGUGUUUUGCUUCUUGAUCUCUAAAAUUAUUUACGACAGUAGAGUCUAGUCAUAGUUGAAAUCAUUUAGAAUGAACUUGUGUUCGCCAUUGUUUGUCAUUUUUCCCAUGUCCCAUGUUUGUUACAGAAAAUUCAAAAUGAAACUUAGAUGUAAACUUCUUCUGUGACGGGUUUUAGAUCUCAAUGAAAUGUGGAAUUUUUAGUUUCA